CAAGACACCGUGUUGUGACAUCCAAAGGCCUGCUCAUGUCACUGAAUACUUCACCCUGGACAAUCAUAGAAUUGAUCUUAUUCAUGAGUUCUGGUAAUAGAUGAAGAGGUCACUCUAUUAUCUAUUUUUCAGCUUCCUUUCAGUAAAUCUCUGCCAUAGCUGUCUAAACUUUACGCACCACAAUGUGACCUUUAAUGCAACAAAUUUUGAAUAUGUGCUGCAAUGGAACAAAGACCAUCUUCCAUCAGAUGUAUUGUUUAGUGUCGAGUACAAGAGAUAUGGCCAGAUCAGGUGGUCAACAUUUAAUGAAUGUCAGAAUAUACCUGAAACCUACUGUGAUUUAACAAAUGGAAUCACUAGUGAUUUAGAAGACUUCAUGGAACAUCAAUACUUUGGGAGAGUCAGUGCAUCAAUAAGAAAUUGUUCCUCUAACUGGGUUAUGUCCAAUAGGCUAAACCCACAUGAUGACACUUUCUUGAUUUUGCCAAAAGUUAAAUACAGUGGACAUGUAAGUUCAGUUACAAUCCAUGUUGCAACUCCAACGUUGGCCUUGAGGAGUAAGAACAACAAAUCAAUGACUGUGGAAGACCUUUACAGAGAUCAAAGUUUUGAAUACCACCUAAGCAUUUUUAAUGCAGAGAAACAUGACAAAUGGCAAAAGCCUCAGAAAAACAAUACGUUUGAAGUGUUCGGCUUAAGUCCCAACACCGAAUACAAUGGAAGCGUGUACAUUAUGAUUGGAGAUAAGCGGAAGAGUGACAUUCAGGAUUUUGUGUUGAAAACUCUUCCAGAUCAUUCUUUGGUCACAUUGACAGUCAGUCUCAUUGGCAUUUUUGCUGUCGUGCUGGGUAUAGCCAUGAUUUACAUGAGCUGUAAAUAUGUCCGACGCCAAGCAAAAACACCAAGCUCUUUAGACUUUAAAAAAGUUACAAGGAUCCAGAUAAUGACUGCAGUAAAAGAAAAACACAGUUCUUGUACUGUGGGAUUUUUCCCAUCAAUGCUUCCUUCAAUGAAUAAUCCAAGUCGGACACAAUACUCGGAUCAAAGUAGGAAUGCUCAGCCAAAAUCUUAUGUCAGUCAGUCUCAGUCUCCUGUCUCAAACAAAGACUCUGCAUUGCUAUCACAGGUCUCCUAUAAUUUGCAGCAAAAUAACAGAAUGAAUGACUCAUCAGUCUUAUAUGGCUUGCUUGACAGUAAUAUAGAACAUCAGAGCAAUCAUACCCCAAAUAUUUUAAACACGACUUCACAGUUGGAGAUGCGGGCGACUGCUAAUGGUCAACCUCUGGAUAAGGACAGUGGGACUUUGAACUGGCUAGAAAAUGAUGGUUGCACUUUAAUCUUAAGUGUUGUAGUCAGUGAUGCAUCUGAAUUCUUAGGCCUGGAGGAACAUAAUGGAACACAUUCACCAGUUUCACUGUCAGACAUAAUCUCUCCUGGACUUCCAAAUGACCCAGUCGAAAAUAAUGUAGUGGAAAACAGUCUGCUAGAGCUUGACAGAAGCCAAUAUAGGUUGCAGUACCCUGUGGAAGAUUCACAACUGUCAUUUAUCAAUGGAACGUUUAUCUCUGAACAACCAUACAGGUUUCAACAUUAA